AUGGCCGUCACAGACGACAUGGGCGACAGCACUGAGAAGGCCACCGCAGUCGUGGAAGCGUCCAACCACGAUGACGAAGACCUUAACCCUACCCUCGCAGUAAAACGCCGUAUCCGAUACAUGGACGAUGAUGAGGAGAACGGUGGUCCAUCUGCUGCCACCGAUAUUGGUCAUCCAUUGAAGAGGCGAGGCUCGACCUACUCUGUACAUUCGCUUUCCAGCGUCCGCAGUGGACAACGUACCAUCGAGCCGUCCAUCAUUCUGCCAGUCCAAUACCGUACUCUCAGCUAUGAUAUCACCAAUGUCAAGGCAAUAGAGAGUGCAAAGAAUGCCCGUGAGAAGGCUGCGAUUGAGGUGGGAGGUCUUGAGUGGCAUCUACUCACCCUCGAAGAGAUUUGCAAUCGAUUAAAUACCUCCACCGAUACUGGUCUGUCGCCCUCGGCCGUCAAAGAAAAGCUUUCACAAUAUGGUCGCAAUGUGCCCUCCCCUCCGCCCUCGAGGUUGGCCCAGAAGCUGUUUGGCUACUUCUUUGGAGGGUUCGGCUCUAUUUUGCUGGGCGGCAGCAUACUCGUCUUCGUCUCUUGGAAACCCUUGGGUCAACCGCCAGCUGUGGCCAACCUUGCGCUGGGUAUCGUUCUUGCCGCAGUCUUCUUCAUCCAGGCUGCGUUCAAUGCCUGGCAAGACUUUUCGUCGUCCAGAGUCAUGAACAGUAUCACUGGCAUGCUGCCCGAAGCCUGCCGUGUUCUACGCGAUGGAAGCAAGCAGACAAUCCAAGCGCCUGACGUUGUCCCAGGUGACGUCCUCUACUUCAAAGCGGGUGAUAAGCUGCCAGCCGACGUUCGAUUCAAAGAUGUCUCGACCGACGCCAAGUUCGAUAGGAGCAUCUUGACAGGAGAAUCGUUCCCGUUGGCCGCCGUCACCGAGUCCCAGGAACCCAACUAUCUCGAGACGAGAUGUAUCGGCAUGCAGGGCACUCACUGUACCUCCGGCAGCGGGGUUGGCAUCGUGGUGUCUACUGGCGACGAUACCGUCUUUGGCCACAUUGCCAAAUUAACCAGCCAGCCCUCAACUGGCAGGACAAAUCUGCAGAAAGAGGUGCUGCGCUUCGUAUUCAUAAUUGUCGGCUUGAUGGUCUUUAUGAACAUCAUCGUCAUUGCGGUUUGGGCAGGGUAUAUCCGACACGCACACCACAGCUACAUCAAUGUCCCGACCCUCAUUGUUGACAUUGUCAGUGUGGCCAUUGCGUUUGUCCCCGAGGGCUUGCCUAUUGCUCUCACAGCGUCGCUCACAAUCACGGCGAACAUCAUGAAAAAGAACAAUAUUCUCUGCAAGUCACUCAAGACGGUCGAGACGCUUGGGUCUGUCUCCGUCCUCUUGUCUGACAAGACCGGAACGUUGACGAAAAAUCAAAUGGUGGUGACCGACUGUCUUGUUGGGUUCAGUACCAUGACCGCCGAGGAAGCAUCUCAAGACAUGGCGAGGGGAGACACCAGCGACAGAUCAAAGAAGGCCGUACUUCAACAAUUGCGCGUGUUGUCGGCGGUCUGUAACGCUGGCGAGUUCGACCCUACCACGAUUCACUUGCCUCUUGCCCAAAGAAAAAUAAUCGCAGAUGCAACCGAUCAAGCUAUCUUGCGACUCUCGGAGUCUCUUGGUCCUGUCACGCAGUCCCGCGAUAUGUGGCGCAAGAGAUUCGACCUGACGUUCAACUCGAAGAACAAAUUUGCAUUGAGAGUGGUUUCUCCCGAGAACGCAUCGGCAGUUUCGGCGACUAUGAGUACCACCGAGGCUGGUUCUUUCAAUGCUGAAAGCGACCUGCUGUUGAUGAUCAAAGGUGCCCCGGACAUUCUCCUUCCCCGGUGCACGAGAUAUGUCGGAGAAGAUGGCGGCAUCUACAAUCUGGACGACGGCAUUCGAUCGACCAUGGAAGCAACUAAAGAUGCAUGGUCUAGCCAGGGAAAACGGGUGCUUCUCCUUGCCCGCAAACAUCUUCCGGCGGGCAUGCUGCAAUCGUCGCCCAAUGACAAUACAUUCGAGGCUGAAGCCCUACGACACGCCGGGGCCGGACUCACUCUGAUAUCGAUGGUGGGGAUUGUUGAUCCACCGAGAGACGAAGUGCCGAGUGUGAUACAGACCCUUCGCCGUGCAGGGAUCCGCACAAUGAUGGUCACUGGCGACUUCAAGCUAACAGCCCAAGCCAUCGCUCGGUCAUGUGGUAUCAUCACCGUCGCCGACAAUGAAAUCCACUCGGUUGAAAACCUCCCCCGGUUUCCCCCCACGGACGUUGUCGAGAAGAAACGUCAGAAAAAGUCGAAUCGGCUGCCCUCGGAGAACAAGGCAAUUGUAUUGACGGGCCCCGACCUUUUGACGCUUCUACCACACCAAUGGACCACCCUGACGACUCAGUACAGCGAGAUUGUCUUUUCACGCACCACGCCAGAUCAGAAAUUGCGCAUAGUCCGGGAAUUCCAAUCCCAAGCUUUUGUCGUGGCCAUGACUGGCGAUGGUGUCAACGACGCCCCCAGUCUCAAACAGGCAGAUAUCGGCAUUUCGCCGGCUUCCGGGUCUGACAUUGCGAUCGAAGCCUCUGACAUGGUCCUCUUGGGUUCGUUUUCUGCCAUCCCAGAGGCUGUCUUGUAUGGCCGUGUGGUUUUUGACAACCUCAAGAAGACCAUUGCCUAUCUCCUGCCUGCUGGUUCAUUCUCGGAGUUCUGGCCCGUCAUGACAAGCGUCGUCUUUGGUCUCCCUCAGGUCCUCUCCAGCUUUCUCAUGAUCAUCAUCUGCUGUUUCACCGACUGUGUCGCUGCCACGAUGCUGGCGUACGAGAAGCCUGAAGCCAAUGUCAUGCUGCGGCCCCCGCGAGAUAUUCACAGAGACCGCCUCGUGGAUUGGCGGCUGUUGCUUCAAUCGUACGGCUUGGUCGGUAUGCUGGAGUCGAUCUGCUCGUUCGCAAUGAGCUUCUGGUAUCUGCAGCGCCACGGCCUCCCCUUUGGCACGCUCUGGUUCUCCUUUGGCAACAUCCCCAUCCCGGCGGGCCAGACCGAGGACGACGUGUCGUACCAUUUGACCGUAGCGAGCUCCAUCUACUUCGUCACGCUCGUGGUGAUGCAGUGGUUCAACCUCAUGGCCCUGCGAACCCGCCACCUCUCCAUCUUCUCGCACCCGCCCAUUUUCAACCGCAAGACACAGAACCUACUUCUUUUCCCGGCCAUUCUCUUUGCGCUCGUCGUCGCAUUGAUAUUCACCCUUAUACCCGAUAUAGACUACCUCGGGUGCGAUAAAGUCCCUGUGGAACACUGGUUCAUUCCCAUGAUGUUUGGUCUUGGACUGUUGACUUUGGACGAGUUGAGAAAGAUGGUCGUGAGAAAGUAUCCGCAUGGUAUUCUGGCGAGGUUGGCAUGCGGAGACUUCGCCAUCUGUGAAAGAUGCCACUCGGAGAACAAGAGAUGCGAGGAUGACGACCACGUCCUUCUGCAUUGCAGGGUACGGGGCGACGCCAUUGUCGACGCCGACACCCAAAGCCUGAUCCGUUACUUCACCUAUAGCAACUGCCCGGGCUGUACUUGGGAGAAGAGCGGGAAGCCUCAGGACGACGACAGUCCUUUUCAUUACGAGCCGUUUCCAAGCGACUCGUACAUCAGAGUUAUUGAUCUCUUCCCAGGACCGGAUGACAAGCCUCUGCGAUACGCUCUGCACUACACUCAACUAGAGUCGCUCUCGAGGGCUCAGUAUAUAGCCAUCAGCUACGUCUGCGGCGAUGUGAGCAACAAAGUACCUUCCUACUGCAAUGGCAAGAGACUCGACAUCUACGUGACCCUCGACAAAGCCCUGCGCAAAUGGAGGCGUAUUGAAAAGCAGAAUUGGCUUCGCAUAUGGGCAGAUGCCAUUUGCAUCCAACAAGACAACAACCAAGAGAAGUCUGCCCAGGUCGCUAAUAUGCACGAGAUCUACCGCCAUGCGAACCAGGUGUUUGUUGAUCUCGGCGAUCCAUCCGAAGGGGCUGACGUCGCUAUAAAAAUGAUCAGAGAUGCAUCUAAGAGCUUUGAUGACAGGAACAAAUCUCUGGUGCAGCCGGACAAUGUUGCACCGGGUCCAAUUUAUUCGCAGCGGCUUCGGAAGACUGAAAUUACCAUGGACCAGGCUCUGGCAUUAACCCGGUUCUCUGAAUUGGCUUGGUUCAAGCGUCUUUGGGUGAUUCAAGAAGUCUGCCUAUGGGAUGUAUACCAAGCUUUUCCGCCGACAGUGUUCUGUGGUGACCACUCCAUCAAAUGGAUCGAUCUCGUCAAUUCAUUGACGCAGUUCGGCUUGGCUCCUCUGCAAAUCAUCGACGACCCCGCGGUUGUGACACCGGAACUCAGAGGCGCCUUUAUUGAGAGCACAGGCUGGAAUCCCGUACCGGUUGCUAUCUUCCUGGAGUACUAUAAGAUCAUAUCAAAGCAAGGCCCUGCGCAGAACCUCCACUGGUUUCUCCAUAGAUCAUGGUCGCAGGAAUCCACCAACCCGGCUGAUAAAGUCUAUGGACUUCUUGGCCUCGUCAAAGACCAGUAUCACGUCGUUCAUUCGAGGGCAGUUGCCACAAACGCGCAGCCGCCUGGCCAUUUGAAAGACGUUGAUGGUAAAAGAGAAAUUCGAGUCGAUUACGACCGACAGUUGCCACAGAUCUACGAGGACAUUGCACGACUUACCUUGGCCGAGGAAAACUCCAUGGACAUGCUCGCUGAUGCUGGUCGUGGCAAGUCACGGAAACAACCUGGUCUGCCUUCGUGGGUACCGGACUGGAGCAGCUACCCCAAAGAGCCAGCAUUGCUAUUGUCAUUCGGACUAGCAGCAACGGCCAACUACCGAGCUUCUUUGGGAACAACACCAGUCCUACCUACGGCCUGCACUCCCGGAAUGCUCGAGGUCGAUGCAUAUUUCGCCGACAGAGUGCUUAUGGAAGCUGCCCGAGCUGCUGGAGAGACCGACGUGGUCGAAGUAGCCGGGAAGGCCGAUCUACAGGCACAUCGCAUCAUCAGCAUGAAACAGCACCUCUUGAGUCUCUGGUGGUGUUUUGGGGUCAAAUUCAACACCUACCCCACGGGCCAACGUCCGUUUGAUGCCUUUUGGAGGACGCUGAUAGCAAACAGAGCUAUCUCAGGCCAACAACUUGCUGUACCGCCAGCAGGAUUUGCCGAAAGCUUCCUCAUGGCGUAUCCUGAGAUUCUCGAGGUUGAGAUCAAGGACGAGAAGCCUGCGUGCAUCUGCCCCGAAUGGGUGCGAGCGAGCAAUCAAAAGCACGUCGAUUCCAGCAACUCAGAUGACAGCAGUACCAGUAGCCACAAAGAAGGGAAAAUCGCUCUUCUUGCUCGAGAUAGAUAUCCCCGUCCGGGUGAAUUCUUCGAAAAUGAGCAGCCAGCUUACGGAGAGCACUACAAUGUCGCCCUUCGACGAUCAGUCGUCGGUAGGCGAUUUUUUAGGACGCAGAAGGGCUAUAUGGGUAUAGGGCCAAAGAAUGUCACCAGAGGCGACCACAUCGUCAUCUUGAAAGGAGGUUCGUUACCAUUUGUACUGAAAGCGGAUGCUGGUGAUGUUGGUGGCACGCCAGCCUUUACGCUCCUUGGGGAAGCGUAUGUGCACGGUCUUUCCGACGGAGAGAUAUUCCAAGACAGCAAGGAUCCCGAAAAUCACCCUAACUGGAAGAGGGUCAUACUGAGAUGA